GCUCUCUGGCUGUAAACCUAAACUGUUUAGCGUAAUUUACCAACAGACCUGUUGCCGUUCAGUUCCAAGUCCUGAGGGAGACCCAGUCACAUAGUUAAGUUACAUUAUUCUACCUCAGUGAUGGCUACACGACCGCUUAAAUAUUACUAUGAUUUGAUGUCACAGCCCUCGCGUGCCUUGUUCAUUUUGCUGCAGCAAACCAACAUUCCACACCAGAAAGUGUCCGUCGCGCUCAGAAAAUUGGAACACAAAACCACGGAGUACAAGGAGAACAUUAAUCGCUUCGGAAAGGUGCCCUGCAUUGUCCAUGGGGACUUCAAACUGGCGGAAAGCGUUGCCAUUUUUCGCUAUCUGGACCGCGAGUUUGGUUUUGAUGAUCGUUGGAACCCCAAAGAGCGACUCGUUCGUGCCAGAGUCGACGAAUUCCUGGAGUGGCAGCAUUUGAAUAUCCGAGCCCAUUGUACGCUCUUUUUCUUCCACGUUUGGCUGAACCCAAUACUAGGGUUGCCGGUGGACCAGCGGAAGGUUGAACAUCUGCGGAAGAAUAUGACCGACAGCUUGGAUUUGUUUGAGAGGGAAUGGCUGGAGGGAGGAAGAAGACACUUUGUAGCUGGGAAUGACUUAUCGUACGCCGAUGUUGUAGCCGCAUGUGAAAUCGAGCAACCAAAGAUAAGUGGCUUUGAUGCGAAAGUAGGAAGGCCCAUUUUGGCCACAUGGAUGGAGCGCGUUCGGAGUAUGACCAAUCCACACUACGACCAGGCUCAUGAGAUUGUUUAUAAGUUAACACCGAAGGAGAUUGAAACGCCAGCAUUGGGUCAAAAUUGAAUUGUAUGUUCAUCAUUACGGUGCAUCUAAUGAAAUGUGCAAUAAAUAUUAUUUAAAAU